AUGAAGCAAUCCAUUCUCUUGUUGGCCGCCUCGGCCGCUCACAUGGCCUUCGCCAAGCCCGUCAAGCACUGCCCGGCCAAACCCCGCAGCACGACCGUUGUCACCUUCUAUGCCACCCCGACCUACGGAGGCCCGACCAUGGCCCCGGUCCAGACGCCGCCGGUCGUGCAGCCGACUCCCGUCGAACCCCCGGUCCAGAACCCCGUCGAGACACCUGUUCACACGCCAACGGUCAUCUCAUCAAUCCCGUCGGCCUCGGCUACCGUGGUGGAGCAGGCCGCCCCAUCGUCGAGCAGCAGCAGCGCCAGCACCCCGCCCGCAUCCUCGAAGCCGAUCGGCGGCAGUGGGACCAAGCAGGGCAGGUCGACCUUCUACGGCGGUAACCUCUCGGGCGGAACGUGCUCCUUCACAAACUACACCAUCCCUUCCGGCCUUUACGGCACUGCCUUCUCCGGCCAGGUUUGGGAUUCGGCCGCUCACUGCGGUGCUUGCAUCAAGGUCACUGGACCCAACGGCAAUAGCAUCACGGCCAUGAUCGUAGACGAGUGCCCCGAAUGCGACGAGGGUCACCUCGACCUUUUCCAGAACGCCUUCACCCAGCUCGGAACCGUUUCCGAAGGCGUCAUUUCAACCUCAUACGAAUUUGUUCAGUGCGGCAUCACCUCGCCCAUCAGGCUUCACAACAAGACGGGCACUUCUGCCAACUGGUUCUCCAUGCAAGUGGUGAACCCCAACGAGCCCGUGGCGAAGCUCGAGGUCAGCACGGAUGGCGGAAGGACCUGGCAGGCGACCAACCGUCAACCAUACAACUUCUUCGAGAAACCGAGUGGUUUCAAAACCGAUACUGUCGACGUUCGGGUAACGAGCGAGUCGGGAAAGACCAUCAUCGUCAACAGCGUCAGCGUCGCCGAGAAUCUCGCAACAGAUGCGUCAUCCAACUUCUAA